AUUCGGUUUCAUGACAGGAGAUUUAAUUUAAAAUAAAUACUCGUGUUUAUCCUCCAGCAGUUUCUCGAAUGUUCAGGCGCCGCACUGAAAGCAAAUGUAUGAAGACCUUUGGCCAAAAAUUUGGAUUAAAUAACUGCAACUAAAAAUUUGGAUUAAAUCUGGAAACUACUAUCACUGGAGACUGUUAGAGAUUUUUUCAUUGACAUUGGCGGCCUUUGGUAUGGGGCCCUUUCAGUCAAGACAAGGCCUGAGCAGCAGUCGAAUAAUGCCUAGAGCGAGGAGCUUCAAUUAUGGGUUGACCCAAUUCACAGAGGCAUCAAUGACACGAUUUCUGAUCUUCAUCAGAAGGUUUUAAGGUUUAGAAAUAGGUUCCCUUGGCAUUUGAUUCUUUUCACCAGUUUGAUUAAUUUACGAGAUUUUGAUAGAUCAUAACGGAAUAUUGGCAAUGGAACCAGGAAGAAUAUCGAUAUCAUUACCUACUGGAACACAUCCUGUUACAACACAGAUGUUCCCUCCAAAUAUGCCCCCAAGCAGUCCUCUUUGGCAAGGCUCACAGCUGCAACAGAAACUUAAGGGCCUUCUAGAAAAUAUUUAUCUUUUGAAGGCUUUAACAAAAGAGUUAGAUGUGAUGACUCUGAUGAAAGAAUCGGGAGAGGUUGUUAAACAAACAUGUAAUGUGGAUAAUGCAGAAUACGAGUCGGGAUCGAUAUCAGUUCUCAAGGGAAACUUUGCUGAGUGCAGAGGGAUUUCAGAGAAUGUGGGAAAGGAUCAAACAUCAUUGUUUAAGAGCCUUGUUGAAGUGAUUAAAAAAAAGCAUAUUGAUUUAAGUACUCAACAAUGUAUGGCCUUCCAGGCUGGAAAGUUUGUGGAGUCAACUUUACGGCACGAAUUGGUUCCAUUGGAUGCAGUCAUUAACCAAACAAGUCAAUGGGAAGAGAGAGCAGCAGCAGUACGCUUAGCAGACAAAAAGCUAAAGAUUAAGCGCAACCGACGAUGGAGGAAGCAUAAACGGCAAGCUGCAGCUGACAAGCGUCGCAAAGAGUGUGAAAGUUUUGAAAAGGCUGACCAAGAGGCUGAUGAUUGGAGGGCAAGACAAAUUGCAAAGGACAUGGCAAAGCGAAAGGUGGAGAAGAUGAAGGAGAUUGCAAAAAUCAAAGCUAAAGAGGAGAAACAAAGGCUGGAAUCAGAGCUGGAACUUGUUUUGAUUGUAGAAAAGCUCAAAGAACUUCGUUCCAUCCGAAUAGAGAAAUUGAAAAAACAAGGUCAUUUUCUUCCUGAUGAAGACAAUAAAUUUUUAGAACGUGUCCGGGCAGCUGUAGAAGAGGAGGAGCGACAAGCUGCAGCUGCAGCUGAUACACGUGCUGCAAAAGAUGCUAUUGCUAAUGCAGAGGAGUCUCGAAAAUCUGUGGGAACUGUUGGAACUGAGACUUGUAAAGAGGACCUAAGUUAUCUUAACAAGAGAGAUACAGCUGAAGAGAAUGCUAUUAAUAAAUUUCCACCGGCAGCAGGCAAGUCGGAUAAAGUACCUGAUAGAAACCAUGAACUUAAAGGAAACAAAAUUUCGGUGCAUGAUGCACAUCACAAUUUACCUGCCGAGUUCUAUCAUUACUACCAUGGAAGCAAUGCAGACCUGGGCACACUUAUUGAGGUCAGGAGAAUGUGGGAUGCUUUUAUUAUGCCUGGAGGAAGUCGUAUUCCUCCCCACUGGGUUCAGCCGUCACCUCCUGCAGAUGAAGUUUGGGCCUCAUACCUGGUAAAGAAAGAAGGAAGUACAAAGAACCAAGCAAAGCACAGAAAAAGAAAAAGGGAAAAUAGAUAAAAACUUAAAAAGUAUCCUGAUUUAUGAACAUGUGUAUGGUUAGAACUUUUGCAUAGGAAUGCCUUUGAAUUGUCAAUCUGGUCCCUGGGUCAUGGCAAGAUACCUAGCAUCUUUUGCCAUCAAGAAUUGGUAGAACCUAAUUCUUUCAUUGACUCUUUUUUAUCACAGCUUUAAAUAUGGAGUAUUCUUAUACCAGGCAUAUAAUUAGAAGCCAUAUAAGAGAAUGCAUGCGCUCUAACUGGUUCUAUACUACAAUGUAUAAACUACAACUGAAUUCUGUUAUUUAUGAAGACAGUCUGUACAUAUUAUAAUAAUGUCACAACAGAAUGAGAAGAAAGAAAAAUAAUUGAGCCCUUGCUACUGUUUUCCUUUCCUCAAAUUUCAUAAAACCUUUUAUUCGAUUCUGAAGAUACACAAUAAAAAAUUUCAUUUCCAUUU